GGAAAUAUCAAGUGGAAAGAAAAAAUUUGUGGUAUCUGAAAAUCUUCCCAAAAAGUUAUUCCUCUUUCUUCAAUCAGUUGGCAUCAAUAAGGAGAAUAAAAUGGAAGCAAAAUAUGACCACUCAUUUUCUUCUUCCAUUAGCUAGUUUUGUUCAUAAAACAUAUAACCACAUGUAAGAACAAAAAGGAAGAAGAACCUCCCCCAAGUCCUAAUCUUCUAUUAAAAGACAACAAUGAUAAAUGGUGGAGAAAGCAUAUAUAACAAAUAAAUUCCAUUUGGGUUUCUUGUAGUUACUGCAUUGCCCUUCUCAACUUAUGUUCAUAUGCAGCAGAAAUGCAGUAUAGAUAACGAGAAUUGGAAUAUAGAGAGGAGGGUACUUUUAUAAUCGAAUAUGGGAGUAUAAUUGUACAGAAAACAAAAAGAAUCUCCUCAUAUCUUGAAUUAGCAGUUGAAGAAGAGACCCAUCUUUAAAAACAAUCAAUGAAACCAGUUAUUUCCAACACAAACAACUCUGGUCUCUCUCUCUCUCUCUCUCUCUCUGGGUGUGUUUGUGUGUGUGUCCUCAUGGAGAUCAGAGAGAAGAUCUUACAAUACAGAAAUCAUUUUGCAACAGCGAUUAUUGCUUCACUGGCACUUUCCACGUCUUUGUAUGCUGCCCCGAGGUUACUCGCAAUCCUUGUCUAUUUUUGGCCUCUUUUGGCCUCAACAGCUGUGCUAUUGGUGAUGAUAAUCGCCUUUGGAGGAGUUUCUCAGUUGGCAACUGAUGGACAUGGAGAAAAAGCAGGGGCAGGAUGUUCAGGACUAUACAAAUCUACUAUGACAGCACAUGAUGUGGAAGAUCUUUGCUGACUUCAACACUUGCUAACUAGGCUCAAGCAAUAGGCCACGAAAUUGGUGUAGAUUUUAUAAGUGUGAAAGCUGGAAACACUGAUUAUGGCAAUAAGAAUCACAGUAAAGCUGGAAACACUGAUUAUGGCAAUAUCAAAGCAAAUUGGAAGAUAUGAAGUGAUUGAGCAAUCAAAAGAAAUAUUUUCUGGAAGUCAAAGAAGAAAUUGUAAAUAAAAGAUGAUUUCCUAGAAGAAAAGGAAAGAAGAUUCUUGGAAGACAAGUAAAGAAAGAAAAUAUGAUUCCUUGAAUACAAGAAAGGAAAGAAGAUGAUAGGAAGGGAAUGGAGAUAAAUUAAGAUGAUUUCAACUCCUACAAUCAAGGACAUGAUUCAAAUGGUCAAGAGAGAAACCCUAGUCCUAUAUAAUCUUCUCAAAGGCUACCUAAAAGAGCACAAAGAAACUUCAUACGAGCUUCCAAGCAAUUCUUGUUAUCCUACUCUUUGUUAGAGGUUCUUUGCACUCAAAAUUUAGUUUCUAAACCUCUAGCCAUAUCAAAAAUACAUAAUUGAAAAAGCGUGGCUAGUACUUGAGCCAAAACCAGCUGUGUAAAGAGGUGGGCUUGUCUCUGCAUCAGCAAGCUGUCAUAGUGGAUUUUCAAAUCUCAAGGAGGAGCCUUGAGUAGUGGAGUAGGUCCAUUUCUGGCUGAACCACUCUAAAAUCGUUUGCACCCUCUCUACCCUUACU